UUUCAAAGUCCCGCAAACGGCAAACCCGUUUGAACUGUCUAUGCGAACGGUUGUGUUUUGGGUAGAAGCGCGUUCGGACUUUUCGGACCGUAUUUAUUAGAUCGCGAAGUUCCCGUUGCCGUGGCGACCGCAGUGUGGAAAACAUUUAGCGCUGGAGGACACACAACGAAGUGAAGAAAACGGGUGUCGCGUUCAGUGUGCUGUCGUUGUCUGUGGUGGAACUUGAACUCAUACCACUCUAGCGGGAUUCGCGUGUUGACAAGUGUCUCCAAAGUGGUGGAUUAGUGGUGUGAGUCUGAGCGGAGACUUGGAUCGCAGUGAAUAAACAGAUAUCAACCAGGUAGAUCUGCCUAAACUGGAGCUGUGCUACCUGUGUGUUUGCGUGAGUGGCAGAGAAGCGAAAAAGGUUGAACCUAAACGGUGUGUGUGUGUGCGGGCAGUGUUUUGAUGAAGUGUUGUGGAGCCUGAUUUUCGGGCGUAGGAAAUUGUGCAAUUGUGACACAUAAACCGAAAGGUCUGUACUGCUGAUCGGACAGGGAAAUCCCUUAACUAGUUGAUCAACACGAUCCAAGGAACCUUGUGGUACCGAACUACCACAACAUUAUACAACGACCACUUCGAUGAGGAAGUGAAACUUGCUGACCUAGUGCAGUGCAGUUUGUCGUCGACGGCCUACUGAUCGCUUUCAGGACAUUUUUGGUGAUCGUCUUGAUAAGCGACGAACCCGAGAUCAGUUGUGUGCAAACAAACUACCCGUUGCAGUUGACGAGGGAGCAUUGUACCGUGGAAGUUCUGUGCGGAUGUCGUGUGAACUUACGUAAAAAUUGACGAACCGAGUUGGAGUGGAAAUGCAAAACAGUGUGUGACCGAAAUAUAAAAUAUUUUCGCGAUUAAUCAUUACAAUAGUGCGGUCAUCGUCGUCGUCGUUGUUGUUGUUUGGUCGUACUAUACUCAUUCAGACGAAACUUCCAUACGCAACUCAUAAAUUUGCUCGGUUUGGUGGAGUGAAGGAAUUUUGAAAUUGAGUCCGUCGUCGACGAGGGAAGAAACAGAGAAGCCCAAAAGUGAAGGCGCUUCUUUAUAGUGGCAACAACAACACAUCCAACAGAAUAGCUACAUACACGUAGAAGGUGCUGCUGGUCGUGUUUUCCGUGUCCAUCAGUGUAGAAGCAGUGUGUGGUUUUUUUCGGCAGACUAGACUUUGUUGUUUUGCGUGGAGUAGCUGCUACUAGAGGAGAACUUUCGGUUGAACUUUACGCUAUUUUAAGAAACCUCCAUCGUGACUCGGAAGGAGAGUAAUGACUACCAUCAGCAACAGCAAUUGACCGCGCGAGCCGUGCACAUCUUGAUCCACAUAUCCAUCCCGAAGAUGUGAUACACAGCGUCCCAAGGCCGAAGAAAUGAACGAAAGUACCGAUAGCCAGUACCGAUCACCUCCAUUGAAAUAGCCCCAUAUGCAAGAGUGCAACCUUUUUCACCUCGAAAACACUUCUUCCUAAGCAAAACCAUUGGAAUUCGUUCCUCAACCCAACAGACAAAUCUUCAUGCCCAGCGGCAUUCUCCGCUGAUGCGAAUCAUGCAGCGAAAGGUGCAGAACGGGGUGGCCCCCUUUCGGUUAGGACCCUGUCGCAGCGGUAGCAACAGCAGAAGCAGAACAUUUACUGCGACCCUAGUAGGUCUGCUGGCGGUCGGUUUGCUCCUCGCCGCAGCAACAUCUCCGGUCCAGGGUGGUAUAAUUGUCAAGCGACAAGCGGACGAUGGUGCCGCCACUGAUGCACCCAUCGCAGCCGAAUUAGAAACGUCCACUCCGGCUCCUACCACUCGAACGGUAGAAUUCCAGACCGAAGAUGCAUCAUCGCCUCGAGAGAUAGAAUUCGGAUACGAUAACGAGAAAGAUGUGUCAUCAGAGCAGGCAACAGUGGCUGAACUGCGACAGGUUGCCGAAUCCACGGAACCAACAGAGAUCGUGCCUGCUUCGGUGACGGUAGCUCCCACGGUGCCCGCUCCGAAGGCACCACCCACUCAGCCAGAUGCCCCAACGACCGUGGUGGCUCCCACCAGGGAUGUGUCUCCUUCUUCCACCGAAUCCGGUGAGCAGAAAUUUGCACGCCUUAGGUUGGAACAGGAUAGCCCAACGGAAGCGCCAACGCUGGAAGUCAUAGACGAAGAACCGGUAGCGACCACAGAGCAACCCAUCGAUGAGGCUACCACCACCGUCAGUAUCGUUGAAGAACCGGAGGUUGACAGCUCUAAGCCAGUCGUAGAAGCGGAGGCGGAGGAUGAGGUCAAUGUGCCGCGCUUCGAUUUGGACAGGUACACUUCUCCGUCCAAUUUUUCCCAGGGCGGCAUUUCGCUGGACGAGUCCCGUGCCGUGAGGGAGCAGUUCUUCGCCGAGAAAUCGACGGCCACUACGGAAGCACCCCUCAGCUUCUGGGAGACGACGACGUCGCUGGAUAUGCUGAUUGCCAGUGAAGAAUUGGUGACCGAAUCGAACGAAGUCGUCGUUGUUCCGGAUGCUCUGGUCGAUCGGAACCACACGAUCGAAAGCAAUCGGUCAGUAACUGCGGAAAAGUUAGAAAUCGAGACCAACGACUACGAGCUGGUAUCGAAUGAGGUUCGCGGUCAGAAUCAGACAACCGCUCAACCGGGGAAGGCCCAGAAGAAGGGUAAGUUCUUGGAUCAAUUUGGGGCAACCGAGGACAAUGACAUCAACGGGGCGGCAUGGGCUUUGGCCGGAAUGAGGAUUGUCGAUCGGACGUCCAGCAAAGCCGGACAAGCUUCCGGAGAGAGUGUGGAAGUAGUUCGCGAUGAGAACGAAAAUUCGGUAGCGAACAACACGCUGAAACAGCUGAUGGAUUGGGCUAUGAUCGUGCAGGAUGCUGACUUUGCGAACAAUUCGUUUGCGAAGCCAACCACUUCGGACCUAGAGAUUGAGCUGAAGAACGAAAUCAAGGAUCGCCGCAAGUACGCUAAUAAGACGCCGGUGGAUGCUCUGAGCGAGGAAAACAGGAUCACUUCCGUUGUGACGGAAUUAAUCCCGGAGGCGUCCGUGGAGGUCACCACUGUGCUUCCUAUUGCGAAGUUGGUAGCUGAACCAACCUCUACGACGUUACCGGCGGACGACGAUUUGGAAGAUUUUAAAUUCGAAGAUCGCAGCAAGAUCCCAUUGGAAACGACCAAACGACCUGAGCUGACAAACUUCAUCCAAGAGACGACUACCGCUUUCAUUGCCAAGACUGAACAGGUUGUAACCACAGUGCGUCCAACACGUGGAUAUGAAGUCUUUGAAAACAUUGACGAAAGCGAAAGUUUCGCCUUGCCUGGAAAAUCUACUACCACCGGUAGGUACGAAUCCAGUACCACCAUAGAGGACAUCCCAGUGACCACAUACUCGCCAGCAUCUCCGAUAGUGAAGAAGAUUGAAAUCACGACGGAAGCGAUCCUUCCUACCACAUUCGAAUCGAUGCGUACUACUCGAAGACCCGUGAUCACCACGACCCCGGAGCCGAUGACAACCAAUUCGGUGAGGUUCAUCGAAGAAACCACUCCUCAGCUGACAACCACAAUGACCACGUCCACCAGUACGGUGGCAACUCCAGCGAGCGAAGAGAACGAAUCUCUAUCCAACUCUCUGCCACGCAAUUCGGACGAACAGGUUUCCUCAUCCGAAGUGGAUCCCAAUGCCAUUAACCAAACCAACGAAGAGCUAGCCAUGACCACCUCGACCAACGGUCCACCAACAACCGGACUAUCGGUCCGCAACACAUCCGAUAACAUCAUGACCCAACAGUCAACCAUCCAACCGACGCUGAUAGAAUUCCGUCCCACCACCGGCACCACCGACAAGGUGGAUCUCUCUCCCGGUCAAACCACCGAAACCGCCGAAGAACCCACCAUCCCGAACCAACCAGUGCUGAUCGAUGACAAGAACGUCUACGAUACCGUUUCGGAAACGACGCCUAAUCCGAUCCCGGAACCCGAGCCAUCCGCCUCGCCAGAACCGGAACCAUCUGCCUCGCCGGAACCGGAACCAACUGCCACAACGCGUCGCUCAAUUGAACGCCAGAUGACCACCACCGAACUGUCCGAGGAGGAAUCCGUCACCGAGGAAGACUACAUAGAAGUCAGUAGCGGCGGAUCGUCGUCGCGGUCUCCGCUGGAUCAGAAUCAAACGACCCCUGCACCACCCCAGCCAGAAGAGGAGGAAGGCAGCGGCGUAGUCGUUGCCGUUGUGGCCAGUCUCGUCAGCGUGAUCGUGGUGCUGCUGCUCGUAGCGGCAUUUUUGUACUAUCCGCAAUUGCAGUUGAUCUUCCGCAAGCGACAGGCGCAGGUUUCCUACGGCCAACGAUGCCGCCCGGUCGGGCUGGACGCCUACAGCCUGGACAACGUUUCAGUGUACAACAGCGUGCGCCGGAAGGGCAACACGAUGCGGAUGUCGAAGCGCUCCUACGGCAAUUCGGCCUUCGAAGACCCGGGCCUCAAGACGAACCCACUGACGGUGGCUGAACUGGCCAACAUAAUCCAGAACAAAACGGCCAUCUACGAUGAGUUCAAGGAGAUUCCGAAUGUGACGGCCCGGGCCGACGAGGUGCCCGAGGGAUGUGAGGAAAAGAAUCGAUAUGCGAACGUGGUGCCACUACCGGAAACCCGAGUACACCUGAAGCGCAUCAACGACGAUGAGAAGACUGAGUACAUCAAUGCAAACUUCGUUAAGGGCCCGAAGGACAACGUCAACUACUACAUCGCCUGCCAGGCCCCGAUGGAGAACACGAUCAACGACUUCUGGCGCAUGAUCUGGGAACAGAACUCGAAGGUCAUCAUCAUGGCAACCGAUCUGAGCGAGAGCGGCGUCGAGAAGUGUGCCGAGUAUCUGCCGCCGUCAGUCGUGCUGGACAACAACCGCGCAUUCGGUGACUUCCAGCUUACGCUGAAGAGCCGUGAAAACAAGGAAAAGUACACCAUCUCGACGGUACAUCUGCGCAACACGCAGACGAACACGUGGCGCGAGAUCAUGCACUUCUGGUACCAGUGGCCGGACACCGGGGUGCCCAUCGACGAGUCCUCGAUAAUCGCAAUGCUGCUGGAGGCACGCAGCUACUCCCGAUUGGCACCGGGUGAACUGGCCGACGCCACUUCCAACAAUGGCGUCAACAACAACAACAGCACCACCAACACCGUCGUUAUCAGCAAUGGAAUCAAUGGCGGUAUAACCAGUAUCGCCGAGGAACCUACGUCGGUCGAUACCACCGAGUCUAGUAGUGUAGCAAUAGGUAGCAUUAAUGUAGAUAGUUCCAAUAAUAACAAUAACACCAUGGGUAAGACGACGUCGGACGGAGCUCCGCCGAGCAGCCUGAUGAGCAACGGAGGAACCAUGGACAAGCACAAAUCGCUGCAGAGGACUCAGGGACCAAUAACGGUGCACUGUUCGCCGGGAACUGGCCGCACCGGGACGAUCGUCGCGUGUGACGUGGCACUGCGGGCGGUCGAGAUUCCACCGCGGACGGUGGACGUUCCGCACAUCGUGUACUACGUCCGACGGGGACGGGCCAGCUCCGUGCGGACGCGGGAGCAGUACGAACUGAUCUACAGGGUUGCCAACGUGUACGCCACCAAGCUGACGGGGCCGACGAUAGAAACAUGAGAACGACUCAUUUAAAAUCAAGUAUUGUGAGUACAUUCGAACGACGAUAGCUGCAUCAGAGGCUGCAACGAAGCCGCAACGACGGCCUCAACUAUUGGCGUUAUCUUAAUUGGAAAAAGUGCAAUCGAUAGUUUAGUAGAUAAUGAAGCAGCGCAGCCCAAAUCAAAAAGAGCUCCUCGUUGCUCUUUGCAAAAUUUAGUUAUUACAACCGGAUCUAAGAUCCGGUCUAGUCUUUGGACUUUCAAACCUGCUCUGACUGCUACCCCGGUAUUUCUCAAAAGUUUAACCCAUUUUUUUUUUAGUUCUCUGACAAAUUUUUAAAAAAUUGUCUUCUAAAAUGACCCUGAGAAAUACCCAGCAACGUAAGCAAUAGUUCUCCUCGACAAUAGUCCUCCUAUACGAACCCUUAUACACACAUACACCCACGCACACUACAACCACGAAAGGAGUCGAAUGGCCCAGCGCGGGGAAUUGGCCAACCAUUUUUUUUCUCUUUUGCCAACUGGCAUGGGACUGAUGCGAAUCUUCGGCGACGGUGAAGAACCGGUUUCGAAGAUUCGUUUCAGAACUGUACCGCAAGAUGGCAUAAGCGAUACACAGCCAACCCGUAAGCAACUCAUAAUACUUGAUUUUAAUCUCUAGUGGGAUAGAGACUAAAAUUAUCGACA